CUCAAAAGAGUUCCAGUGGAGAACUUGAUUUAAUAGUAAAUCCCAAAGAUUUUUUCUUUGUUAAUAAGGGAAAUUUUUGAUUAUUUUUAUUUCGAUAUUUUCUUAAUUGUUUAGCAAUUAAAAACUAGCAAAAUGUUGGAUGUCGAUACCAAAACUAGCGAUAAUAAAUUCCGUACUGGAUGUAUAGAUUUUACAGCGGGGUCUUUGGGUGGCGCUUUACAAGUUUAUGUCUCCCAACCGCUGGAUACGGUAAAGGUAAAACAACAAGCCUUUCCUAAACUCUAUAAAAGUAUGUUGGAUUGUUUUGUAAAAACCUACAGACAAGAUGGCAUUUUUCGUGGUCUCUAUGCUGGUUCCGUACCAGCUGUUAUAGCAAAUGUUGCUGAAAAUUCAGUAUUAUUUGCAGCCUAUGGUGGCUGUCAAAAGGCAGUAGCCUAUGGCAUGAAAAUUGAAAAUACCAAAGAUUUACCAGUGAUAGGUAAUGCAUUUGCAGGCUUUUUGGCAGCAUUCUUUUCAACAUUUACUCUGUGUCCCACGGAAUUGGUUAAAUGUAAAUUACAGGCCUUAAGAGAGAUGCAACUACAAAAUCCCAAAGCUAACACUAAUGUACAAAUGACUCCCUGGAAACUUACCAGACAAAUUAUGGCUACUGAAGGUGUACCCGGUUUCUUUAGAGGUCUAACCUCUACAUUUAUGCGUGAAAUGCCCGGUUAUUUCUUUUUCUUUGGUGGCUAUGAAGGCACCAGAGAAUUUUUAGCCAAACCCGGACAAUCCAAAGAAGAUAUAGGCGCUUUGAAAACUAUGUUUGCUGGUGCAGUUGGUGGUGUUACAUUAUGGACCUGCAUUUUCCCAGCUGAUGUUAUUAAGUCACGCAUACAAGUUAAUAAUCUUAAGAGAUCAAUGACCUCGGUAGGUUUGGAAAUAAUACGGAAGGAAGGUGUUGUGGCAUUAUACAAUGGUCUCUUGCCAUCGGUGUUGCGUACUAUACCAGCAACGGCUACUUUGUUCUUAGUAUACGAAUAUACCAAAAAGACUUUAAAUGAAUUACUGUGACCUGAAAGAAGUAGAAGAUGAAAAUGAAUUUAUAGAAAAUUAGUUAGUUUUAUGAACUAAUUAAAAUAAGCUUACUUUUGUUUUUUUAUUGUUUUGUUUUUUAUUAUAAAUUAAUCACCGAAGAAAGACGACGCUUAACAAAUUGUACGCGAUCUUGAUGGGUUUCCAAUUCGCGCCAUUCAUGCCAAUAAAACUGAAAAAGAAAAUAAAUCAAAUAUGUUUCAAAAACUAAAAUUUUA